GCGCGCGCGGGCGCACAAGCGAGACGUCACCGCGCCACCUGUGCGGGCACGAGGUGGACGUCACCCUUUUUUCUUUGACCCAGGCGCAGAGGCACCAGGCCAGCAAGUCCGCCUCCUCCUUCCCGUCCAUGUCACGCUUCCUUCACCUCCCUUGUCCUCUUUCCCCUCCCCCUGGAUUCCUACCUGUCGCCUCGCCGGCUCAAGGGUCUCUCUCGCGUCUCCGUCUCAUCCCUUCUCGCCUCUUAUUAUUCUUCUUCUUCUUUUCUUUAUCCUGUGGAAGGCGUUCUUGGGUGGGGAGAGAUCAAGAACCGGAGCUGUCCGUGGCCGGUGGUUCGCCUGUCCCGAGCUCGAUUAGUUACCCUUUGUCUCGGUUCUUGGUGCGUGGUCAAUCGGGACUACAGAGAAUUGGAGUUUCUUGUGGGAGUUUCAGGGUCACUUCGAGGUGAAAGCGGACUGAGCGGGAGGCGAGGCGAUCGACGGCGAACUGAAUUCCUAGUUUGUUGCAGGCUCAAGCUUUGGUUUUCUGAAGUACUGGAAACGUUCUCGAUUGGCGAAAAGUUUGUGAGAUUUUUGUCUUCUGGCUACAGAAAAUUCGACCCUCAGAUAACCUCGAGUCAUGGGUUGGUUAAAUAAAAUAUUUAAAGGUUCAGUAAAUAGAGUUUCAAGGGGCCAUUAUGAUGGAAGCUGGCAUGAAGGUCAUUCAUCAGAUAACGCCAGAGGAGCGUAUGAUGAAAGUGAUAAUGAAGAUAUAGAUCGUGCUAUUGCACUGUCUUUAUCAGAAGAACAAAAUAAGGGAAAAGCUGUUGAUAUCGAUUAUAAUUUGGAGGAAGAUGAACAACUUGCACGAGCUCUCCAGGAGAGCCUUAAUGCUGACUCUCCUCCACGUCAGAAUAUUCCUGUUGAGAAUGUUCCAUCAGAGCCCCCAAGAGAGCUGCCUCCGAUUCUAUUUGCCUCAAGUGGAUCCAGAACUUGUGCUGGAUGCAAAAACCCAAUUGGUCAUGGACGUUUUCUUAGCUGUAUGGAUUCAGUAUGGCAUCCUCAGUGCUUCAGGUGUUUUGCUUGUAACAAGCCCAUCUCUGAGUAUGAGUUUGCUAUGCAUGAAGAUCAGCCAUACCACAAAUCAUGCUACAAAGAUUUUUUCCAUCCAAAAUGUGAUGUCUGCAAGAACUUUAUUCCAACGAACAGGAAUGGGCUGAUCGAAUACCGAGCACAUCCAUUCUGGAUGCAAAAGUACUGUCCUUCCCAUGAAGAUGAUGGCACUCCUAGGUGUUGCAGUUGUGAAAGAAUGGAGCCGAUGGACAUCAAAUACAUCACAUUAGAUGAUGGGAGGAAACUCUGCUUGGAAUGUCUCAAUUCUUCAAUAAUGGAUACACCAGAGUGUCAACAGCUGUAUAUGGACAUUCAGGAAUUUUUUGAAGGUCUGAACAUGAAAGUGGAGCAACAAGUUCCAAUACUCUUGGUUGAGAGACAGGCUCUAAAUGAGGCUUUAGAAACUGAGAAAAAUGGGCAUCAUCUUCCUGAAACAAGGGGACUAUGUCUUUCUGAAGAGCAAAUUGUCAGAACGAUCUUAAGAAGACCAAUAAUUGGACCGGGAAACAGAAUUAUAGAUAUGAUCACAGCACCAUAUAAGCUGGAAAGACGAUGUGAAGUGACUGCAAUCCUGAUAUUAUAUGGGUUGCCGAGAUUACAAACUGGCUCAAUUCUCGCCCAUGAAAUGAUGCAUGCUUAUCUACGUCUGAAAGGAUUUCGGUCUCUUAGUCCUCAGGUUGAAGAAGGCAUAUGCCAAGUUCUUUCCCACAUGUGGCUCGAGUCAGAGAUCAUCUUUGGUUCUAGUAUCGACAUAUCAGCCACCUCAGUGGCAUCUUCGUCGUCGUCAUCUUCAACUCCAACCACAUCAAAGAAGGGCGCAAAGACCGAAUUCGAGAAGAAGCUCGGAGCAUUCAUCAAACAUCAGAUCGAAACGGAUUCAUCUGAGGCAUACGGAGAUGGUUUUCGAGCUGCCAAUCGGGCUGUCGAAAGCUAUGGCCUGAGAAGUACCCUUAAUCAUAUGAAAAUGACAGGGUCUUUCCCAUAUUGAUCAUUCCUCAAUUGUGAGGAUUGAUGCAUAUUUGGAGAUUAUUGGAGUUACAUAUACCCUCAUCAUGGUAGCAUUAAUUUACAGUAAAUUGAGAAAAGAAAGAAGAGGAUUGAAUAGGACAUAAAUUGCACCAAUGCUUUCUUGUUGUCUUUGAAAUAAUACAUGUAAGUCUUCCUAUAGAGAGGUUUUAUAGUUUUUCACAGUGAACACAUCCUUGGAAAAGAACAGGCAAUCAGAAGAUAAUUUUGCUGAGUUAUGUACUUAUGUAACACCUUUUGUAUCUGAAUGUAUUUAUUUCAUUCACUCCAAUAAUUUCAUUUUUAUUUUUGAAGGAAUGAAA